ACAAUCAUCAAAGUUCACACGAUUGAAUCUGUUUUUAUUCUCACCGAUUUGUGAAUUUUAAACAUUUAGGUGAGACGUGCUGACUGCGGAUCGAUUGGUUCCGUCUGUUGAGGCUGCAGACGCUAGUGGAUGCUAGCACGCUAACAGGAAGCUGAAGCGUGUUUCCUGCCUCCGCUUGAAGUCUGAGUGAAAGAACGGAUCCUCCGUCAGCCUGCUGUCAUGCUGCCUCUGAAGGAGAAGGAUAAACCCAUCGUCCAGAAACUGCUCUCUGCCGGCUGCUGCGCUCGCUGCAUCCUCAGAUUCUGCUGCACUCGUGUCCAGGCCGCCUACCGACAGCCACAACAGGAAACACUGAAGGAGCUUCUAGCUUUCAUCAGCGACACAGAAAACAGCAAAGCCCCAGAUUCAGCAGCCUCAGUGUCCACUGGAGAAAACAAGUCCCAUGAUGCAUCUGUGUCAGAGGCAGCUGAGCAGCCGGCGAGCAAAAGAGCGAAACUGGAACACAACGAGACGAACGCCGGGUCAGAGGAAGGCGAAGACGCUGCUGCUAAGUCGCAUGUGUGUGUGGUGUGUUUGGGAAUCCUGCAGGAAUUCUGUGCCACCACUCAGGCUGUAAAGAUUGCAGAGGCAGUGAAAGCUGAAAAAUAUGAGUUUGACACCCUGGUGUUGUCCGUCUCUCUGCCAGCUCAGCUGUGUGUCCGUGAGCACUCCUGUUGGCUGCACGUGAAGAAGGAAGUGAGAGACAAGGGCCUGGUGCUGGACAAGGACGACAUCAUCCCACUGAAAGAGGCCUUCAAGUGGGUCGUGCAGGGCCUGGUCGCCAAGCAGCUGGGGGGUGUCGCCGUGGUUACCAAG